CAAGUUCAGAGACAACGGGGGCAGUUUCAGAGCAAGCCUAAGCAGUGACACGAGGGGUCUUCUAAGUCUGUACAACGCGGCUCACCUGGCCAUGCCCGGCGAGGAGGUGCUCGACGACGCCAUCGCGUUCUCGAGGCGCCACCUACGGUCCAUGAAAACCGCAGGCAAGCUGAGGUCGCCGAUGGCCGAGCAGGUCUCCCGCGCCCUCGACAUCCCUCUCCCGCGGACGCCCAGGCGGCUGGAGGCGAUGCGCUACAUCCACGAGUACGGCGAUGAGCCGGGUUUUGACGGCGUGGUGCUGGAGCUCGCGAGGCUGGACUUUGAGCUCGUGAAGUCUCUUCACCUAAGGGAGCUCAAGGCCCUCACCCUGUGGUGGAAAGACUUUUACGACAAUGUAAAGCUGAGCUACACCCGAGACCGUAUAGCAGAGGUCUUCUUCUGGGUUAGCGGAGUGUACUACGAGGAGAAAUACUCUCGCGCACGUAUUAUGCUUGCUAAGGUUUUCGGAUUGAUAACCCUAAUGGAUGACACUUAUGAUGUCCAAGACACCUUGGACGAGUGUUGUAGGUUCAAUGAAACAAUACAGAGAUGGGACAACGGAGCAGUUUCUAUUCUACCAGAAUAUAUGCAUGCAUAUUACAUAAAGUUGCUAAGCAACUUUGACGAGAUGGAGAAUAGCUUAGAACCAAAUGAGAAACACCGUGUGUCUUACGCCAUAACUAUGUACAAGCAGUUGUCUGAAUACUACCUCCAGGAGGCCCGAUGGUCGAGCCACAGGUACCUGCCGAGCUUCGCGGAGCACCUGUACGUGUCCAGCAUCUCGUCGGGCAUCCCGGCGCUGGCACCGGCGGUGCUGAUGGGCGUGCACGACGGUGACGGCGUGGCGACCAAGGAGGCGUUGGAGUGGGCGUGCGCCAUCCCGGACCUGCUCCUCGCCAGCGGCGAGGUGGGCCGCCUCCUCAACGACAUCGCCGCCUGGAAGGUGGGGAAGAACAGGAAGGACGUGCGAGCCUCGUGGAGACCUACAUGACGGAGCACGGCGCGGGCGGGGACGCGGCCGUGGCGGCGGUGGCGGCUGCGUCGGAGCGCGCGUGGAGGCGGAUCAACCGCGCGUGCGUGGAGGCGGUAGAACCCGCGCUGCUGCCGGCCGCGCAGCUGCUGGUGAACCUGACGAGCACCAUGGAGGUGGUGUACCUCGGCGGCAAGGACGGCUACACCUCCGGCUCCGGGCUCAAGGGGGUCAUCACCGAUCUCUUACUCGGCCCAGUCCAUGACGAUUAGGCACAACGUAAUAUAUACCCUCUCCAUUUAAAAAAAAACCAAUAUAGUACACUAAAGGUGAUAAUUCAUAAUAAAACAAAUCUAAACAGAAGGUUAUUUAGAUUUGUUGUGUUAGAAAAUAUCACAUCUAAUAAAUUUUUUUUUUGGGAUAGAGGGAGUAGUUAUUUACGUGAUCGACAACUUGCUACACGUAUGUACUACCUAGCUACUUCUUGUGUCUUUAAAAAAUAUCCAAUUCUCUUUGAGAGAGAGAGAGAGACUAGCUCUUACAUAGUACAAAUGGAUGUGUACUUACAUACUAUGCGAUAAAACCUAGUUAAAUCGCUAGCAUAUGCUUAUGAUAGGGAUAGUAUACUUGUCUUCCAUAAGAAAUUGUCAUACAUGGUUGUGCAUUAUGCAUGCCGUAUAUGUGUGUUGGCAGAA